GCGUUUAUCUUUCAGCGGGAAAUGUUAUGUGGUCGAUCAUCGGAUGUUCCUGAAACAAAAGAGGGUAUCUUGGACAAAAAUGAUGUUGUUAAAGGCAGUGCAAUGGAUGAGACUGGACAGCGCGAUUGGGACGAAAAAUCCAGGAUCCAGGAUGAAGACGAACUGUUAGGUAGAUCAGAUGAAAAUCACGACUUGUCAUAUGAAACCCAUUCUAACGAAACCGGUAGCUUUAGUGAGUUCCACACUGCAGUUGAAGGCUUUAACGAUUCGGAAGAGGGGAGUGGUGACUUUUCCAUCAACACGAAAAAAAGCAAUUUCGUCAAAAUCUCUACCGUUACAUCAGAGGAUGUCGAUCCUUUUGAGGAUGUCACUGCUGCUACUAAUGAAAUAACCGACAGAAAAACAAUUUCACCGAUUGAAUGGGACAGAGUUUCUGAUGACGAAAGCGAGAACAGAGACGAACUUCAUGCCGACGUCCCAGGUGAUGAGUUUUCUAAAGAGGAAGAAGCCCAAAACUCAGUUCGGUUUUCUGGUGUCAGAGCUCAUACCUGCACAAGUGAGAGAGGAAAUCACAUUGAUUCGCGUCUUUUCCGUUCUACAAAGUAUUUUCUUAUCAAGAGCAAUAAUUUUGAGAAUAUCGAAAUAGCGAAGUCUCGGAAUGUAUGGGCUACGACAAAGGGCAAUGAGACAAGACUGAAUAAAGCAUUUUUUGACUACAACAAUGUUUUGCUCAUAUUUUCUGUGCGUGAGAGUGGUAGAUUUCAAGGAUUUGCGCGCAUUAUCGCAUCGUCAGACCCUCGGAUCAAGGUUGACUGGGUGUUAUCUUCACGUAUGAGUACUGGUCUCCUGAGUAAUCCUUUUCGAAUUAAAUGGAUAUCCAAGUCUGACCUCCCUUUCACAAAGACUGGGCAUCUCUUGAAUGCAUGGAAUGAAGACAAACCUGUGAAAAUCGGGAGAGAUGGUCAGGAAAUCGAACCUACAUGUGGCGAGGCACUAUGCCGGUGUUUCGGUAAAGAUGAACUUGGGGAAGAACAGAAACAGCCGAACACAGUUCAAGCUAUUGGCGAAAGAAUCAGUCGUAGAAACGCAUUUGAGAGACUUGGAAAAAUCGUUGGUCGCCAUGGUCAAACGAGUCAUAAUGGUUCUCGUGUUGUUGGGUUGAGCAAUCAAGACAACACUGGACUGUUGGGGGAUGCUACUGGGACAAACCAACGAUAUAUGGCAUCUACUGAACGAAGGAGCUUGAUGAAUUACCCUUCUAUAACACCUUUGAUCAACAACGAUGGUUCGCGGCUAACCUCAACGGGAACUACACCACUAUUGCAAGUAAACGCAGCUGCCGCUGCAAUGGCAGCAGCUGCAGCUAUGGCUGCAAUCAAAUCAUCUGGACCACAGUCAAUAGGUGCUUUUGCCCGAAGUGGAGCGAACACUCUCAAUCCCACAAUGAACUCCAGACUGCCCAUACAACCACCUAAUUUCCCUAACAUAUUCUCAACCUUCCCAAAUUCGGGCGGUUCUUUCUCACGUUUGAAUGUAUCUAGUUCCUCUAACGCAACCCUGCUUCCGUUUUUACAACAACAGCAACUUCGUAUAUCUGGAUCAGCGGCGAAUGCCGCCGCAGGUGCUGUUCUUUCACAAGCAAUACAACAAGCUCGUAGCCUAUCCAAUCCUAAUGUGAUAAGUCGACCAGGAAUACCACUCAAUCCUGUGGCAAACAGUGUGCCUGUAAAGUCUCAUGCCGAAAGAAGUCGUUCGCGUUCUGCUAGCGACAGCACAGCUUACAGUUAUGCUCGUGAACGUAAUCCAAGGCAUCGGAGAACUGACGGUUAUGUAGAAGAAGAGUCUUCACGAUUUGAAACAAUUCGACGGAAGUCACAUUCCCCGAGGUUAGGUGUUAUUGAACAGUGGACACAAGAAUCAAAAAUUUGUGCUAAUUUAUAUAUUAUUUAUAUAUGGACUGUUUCACAUCUAGUUAACCACAUUGUUUUAUCGUGCUUUACGUGAACUGUUGAAUUUUUUCAUUUUUGAUGCUAGCAACUUGCUUGUACCAUGGCCACAUGUGGCUUCCAUGAACAAUUAACAUUAGAUUUCAUAUUUUUGAAUGUCCGGUUACUAACAUAGUUAUGAUAGUAGGCACGUAAAGAACUAAAAAUCUUCAGAGGUUCUUGUGUACAUCAAAUAUGCCCAUUUUGUAAGUGAAAUUUGGCUUAAGUUUGCUUGUGUUGAGGUUUUGUUAGUCUUCAUUUCCUGAAGUGAAGUUAAUGUUUGGUGGCAUAUGAUUUAAUCCAUUUCUUUUUAGGAAUAAUACAGGUAAACGAUGUUUGUGGGUAUUUAAUUCCCUGUUUUCACGUAUUUUGCAUUAACAUUUGUUUUCAUUUUCAAUAAUGUGUCUUCGCUCACAUGGGAACUCUUGGUUUGGUUUCUAUCGUCAAGGAGGCGUGAAAUAACAUCAAGGCAUGGAAAUUAUGAAAGACCUCGCGGGCAUAGAUCUCGUAGUCGAUCCAGUUCUCUCCCUAUUGAUCGUAAUUUAUUGAUGACUUGGGACUAUGACGACUAUGUUCAACAAGUUAGUCGUGGUAUGCGACCAAAUAUGUAUGGUGACUUGGGAAGUCGAGUUGCCGGUUCAAGUGCUUAUUUACAAAUUCCCCAAAGUCAUGAAAAUGAUCUGAAAUAUGAAGAAAAAGUAGAUGCGUUUUUACGUGGUAUUGGAUCACGUCCAAAAGUUUCAGGACAUGAUCACCACUACUCACGCAGUCCUAGCCGUAGCUGUUCAUAUAGUCCACCUCCACCUCAUCCCCACAACCGUCGUCGUGAAUAUUGCAGGGGUUCAUCAUCCUACUCCAGAUCCAGGUCUCCUUCCUGUCCAAGCAUACUUUUAUCUAAGGUUCGACGUGGAGAGAUAGAUCCUGAUGCUUAUCGUCACCGCCCACCAUCUCAAUAUUUAUCUCCUCGUAGGAGAGACCAUACAUGUUCUCACAGCCGCUCUCCUGCAAGCUUCGGUCGUGAACUUCCAGCACAAUGGAGAAAGCCUCCACAGGCUUCUGUAGCUCAUUCAACUGGAAAUAGACAACGACACCAGCAAAUAGAGGGGCGAGUUCCUUCACACCAAGCACGAUCCCCUCGUGUUGUCUCAAGUGGAGGGUCACGAACGUACACUACAAGCAGUCGUCAUCACAAAUAGCUGGUUGAUGUAAGUAUUCCUUUAUGUUCGUGUGUUACACUACACUACUUAUGCUUUUAAACUAUUUAUCCAUGUUAUUUACAUUCUGUUCAACUUUUAGAAGUUUUCUUGCCUUUAAACCGUCUUGCUUUUUGAAACUAACAGAAAUGUCUAAAUGCGACAAAAAACCGUUCCUGUUGAUGGGAACUACAAUACGGUUUAUUGUAGGAGUGCCAAUUAUUUAGAUUUACUUGCUUUUUAUUUACGUGCCAAAUAUUUAGAUAUAUACAUUCUCUAUUUAUCCAGUUCUUUGCCGAGAUGAACCCGUUGCUUUCUGUAACAUUUACAAACACGAAUUAUGUUAGUGUUACGCUGAUUUUUGCAAUUCAAAUAACAGUAGGGUUGAAAAAGGUAUAUGCUUGAUAAGAUUAUGAAAAUUUGUCAUUUUUAUUAAAUUACAGGUAGACUACGACUCAUACCAGGUAGCUUUUCAGUCUCCACAUGUACUUAUCUGUCGCAUGCAAUCUCAGUACUGCCCACUUCAACGUUGAUUGAGAAUAAUGACUAACCUGAAGUGAAAUAUAAUAAAGCGAAUUUUAAAUUCAUUCACCUUCACAAGUAAAGUACAGCAUUGAUUAUUCUGAUCACGUUGACCGUUCUGAUAUCAAACAGAUUAAUAUAUCAUCAGUGAGGGGGAGGUAUUGUGUUUUACAUUAUUGAAUUUUUCAACCACUUACCACUAAUUUGUAGUGACCUUAAGAACAGUUUAGAGCAAAUCCACCAUUCCUGCCGAUUUUGAACUGUCACUUUAUGUCACAGUUGAUCGGAAUUAUUCCGUUCAUUUCAAUCAACUAGUUUACCUGCCCCUUUGUCAUUGACUUCAUAGAAUGAUGCAACGUUUUAGCUUGGCCACUAGUAGCUUUCUUGCCAUCUAUGAUUAUGCAAACGAGUAUUCGUUUUCUGUGUAAUGCAUGUAUCAGCCAGCUCAGUGGAUGAGAAUGUACAGCGUCAUCAACCAGUUCGGCAUUUUAUUUUAGAACCUUACGUUUAACCGCAACAUAAUCUACUGAGUUAUUUCGCCAUAUCCGAGAAAGUAUUAAAGUGCGUCUCCUACUUUCAAAAAGAAUGCUUCGCAGUUAAAUUAAAACUUAUUAAAUUGCUGCUCUCCUCCCCUUUGAUGGCCAAACAAGUGUCUCCUACGUCACAGGUGGUGGCGGAAACCGGACAGGGUUUUUCUAUCCGCAUUAAAAUCAUGACAUUUACCAACCUACUAGGCUUAAUGGGACUUCAAAGUUAUGUAGAAAUCUCAGUGUAUUUCUUAAGUCUGAGUCUUCCAAACAGGUAUAUCAUACACGUAGUAUAUAAGUAAAUGAGUGAAUCAAUCACGAAAACGUCAAACCUGUGAAGUGUUAACUCCGAAAUUCUUUGUAAGAAAAUUGAAUAAAAGUGGGAAAAGUGAGCAGCACUGACUACUUAUCACAGCCAAUUUAGAUGAUGCUUCACUACAGUCUUUAAGUUUGUUAGCUAUUUCUGAUUAAACAGGUGUACGUAGGUUGAUGUACUCCAAAGAUGAUCUUUCAAUUACAGACUUAUUCACAAAGCCUGUCUAUCAAUGGAGUCAAAUACUGAUACGUCGCUAAUUAAUACAUUCUUGCACUAAGCUUUCUUUCUUUCGUGUUAGCUAGCUAGUGCGACCGUAGCUGCUACCUUGACGUGGUGGUCGGGAUUGCCUAUCGUGGUGACCCAACUGAGCUAUAUUGACUAGAACAUAUGUUCCUGUAGGUUCUACCAUGCCAGGCAGGUCGAUUGGAGAACGGUAAGACUAAAAGCAGUAACUCAAGGUCUGAGGGCGAAGUCGUACUGCUGACUGUAGAGGAGUGUGACAGCAAUAAGAUGUUUCCCUCGGACAACCAGCAUCCGCAGCGAUUCUGCCUUCUCACAAGGAAGUAAGGGGUUAGAAAAGAUCGACCCAGAAAUGUUACAUCUCACCUUAUUUCACGGAUUUCGGUUUCUGGGGAUAAGGCCUUUUGAAGAACGGAGCUAACACGUUAAAAUCCUCUCACACAAAGGUCGUGCGCGGCCGACCUCAAGCAGUUGCCCCUUAGACUCUGUGGUCACGGUUUCAGGUCGUUAAGACCAAGACUAAUCCAACUUCCUUUUCAGGUUCCUCAAGAAAUACUCUUUCACGGUGUGGGCAGCCGGGAGGUGAUAUCAGCCCUCAUAACUGUAAAAACACAAGAGACCAAGUUGGUCACAUUCAAAUCCUUCCUACACCUCCUAAUAACUCUUUUACCUCCACGAAUAACCCUUCUCACGUCCCUUUAUCACCUUGCACCGCUAGGGCGAACGAUUCGAGUACGCGGGACGUUAUUUCUGGUCUCCUGAAACCACGCUCUAGACUAUACCUCGGAGCUUUUAACGUCCGAACGCUGUGCGCAAUAGGACAACAGGCUUACUUAGCUUGGACUUUGGAAUCUGGUGCCAUCGGUGUGUGCUGCGUCUCCGAAACGCACGUACAGGAUUCGAGUAGCGUCAUUCAUUUGACCUCACCAUGUCAAAAUAAAGAACCAACUCGAUUCACGCUUCGUGUGUCUGGAAGCCCUGAUGCUGCUCCCCAUGGUCUCGCUAAUGUAUGUAUAGCAUUGAAUCUUAGGGCAGAACUAGCUGUCUUCUACUGGAUCCCAGUAGACAGUCACUUGUGCGCUGUCCGACCAAACGGAACAGUAAGGACUCCAAGCGAUAGGGACACUCGUCGUUGCCUCUUCGUCGUCUCUGCCUAUUCUCCCACUGACUGCAGCUCAGAUGUAAAAGAGUUUUACAGAAAGUUUUCCGACCUUCUCCGAAAAGGUAGGCGCUUUGAUGUAGUAAUAGUGACUGGUGACUUUAAUGCUCAAGUAGGUAAACUAAGCGAAAGGGAAAGACACCUGGAUGGAUCGUAUGCAGUCGUGGCUCAAAGAACAGAUAAUGGCAACCGUCUGUUGCAGCUAUUCUCAGAUAACCACCUGUUUCUUGCAAAUACUAACUUUAAGCAUAAAGAAAAACAUCUUUUAACAUUGCGACCCCCUAAUUCGUCCCAAUGUUGGACCAAAAUAGAUCACAUCGCUAUCAGCCACCGAUGGAGGGGCUCGAUAGGAGACUGCCACUCAUUCUGGAGCACAUGCUGAGAUUCAGAUCAUGCUCUAGUGCGAGCGCGUAUCUGUCUGCGUCUUACUAGACGUAAGAAAGACGCUGCGAGGAAAUCUCUUAGGGUUCUACUUGAUGAUUUAUUAUUUAUUUUAACACAUAGAUAUUGGUACAAGGAGGCACCAAAUAUAUAUGGGCUACACAAAUGUCAUUCGAUAUGUGUGAGGACUGUGGUACUACCCCGGUGCCCAAACCGAAGCAGGUGCUUUUCUUGGGGGGGGGCAUUCCCAGAGCCUUCGACCUGAAGGUCUGACCCACAAGGCAGUGGAGCAUCAUAAGGAGAUGCAGUCCCAUGGAAGCCGGUGACCAACAAUUGGUCCACACGCCAUUUGUUCCCGCAGGAUCCUAGAGCCCAUGUGCACUAUUGGUUUGGAAUCCGGUUAAAGCGCCGGACAUUCGCUUUUCGUCCUCUCAUUUUCGUGAACAACCCCCGCCACGAGAAGGCAGUGAGUAGGACUUCCCUGGCAAAGGCUAUAAAUGCGUGGCCAUAUGAGAGCAUUUUGAGAGGGAGAGCGGAAUCUCCCCACUCUCGGACAUAUCAGGGCAUUUGGGGGCUAAAUAGGAACAAUAACGGGGCGGAUUUGCAUGCAUAUAGCAUACAAUUCUCUUUGAACCUAGCACACAACAAUAGCAUCAUGUACUGUCCCAUCGCCCUUGGCAGAUCAGGCAACCCGAAAGUUAUGAGAACGCCAUCAGGGCAUACGACAGGCUAGGUACUUGACGAUAGCCAACUAAAUUACCCCUGUUACUCCUCGUGGAGGAGCAUAUGUCGCCCACCAGCACUCGCCAUCCAACCCUGUCCUGAGCGAUCCUUUCCAGCUCCUUCCAGUUGUUAUUCAUCCUUUGCAUGUCUGCUUCCAAUUCUCGACACAGUAUGUUUUUUGGCCGUCCUCUUUUCCGCUUCCCUUCGGGAUUCCAAGUUGGGGCUUGCCUCGCGAUGCAGUUUGAUGAUUUGCGUAAUAUAUGUCCUAUCCAUUUUCAUCGUCUUUUCCUAAUUUCUUCAGCUGGAAGCUGGUUUGUUCUCUCCCAGAGAGGGCUGUUGCUGAUGGCAUCAGGCCAGCGGACACUGUCUUACGUAGACAAUUGUUUAUGAAUACUUGUACCUUCUUGAUGGUGGUUGUUGUAGUUCUCCAAGUUUCAGCUCCGUACAGUAGAACUGCCUUGACGUUCGUAUUGAAGAUUCUGACUAUGAUAUUGGUUGACAGUUGUCUUGAGUUCCAUAUGUUCUUCAAUUGUAAGAAUGCGACCCUUGCUUUGCCAAUCCUCCCCUUUACGUCUGCAUCUGAUCCUCCUUGUUCAUCGAUAAUGCUUCCCAGGUAUAUGAAGGAUUCUACAUCUUUCAUAGUUUCGCCAUCAAGUGUGACUGGGUUGGUAUUCUCCGUGUUAUAGUUGAGGAUGUUGCUUUCUCCCUUGUGUAUGUUGAGGCCUACUGAUACAGAGACUGCUGCUACACUGGUUGUCGUGUGUAUGGGGUAGGAGGGCUAGGUAAUCUGUGGAAGUCCAAAUCGUCUAAUUGGUUCUGAUCUGUCCAUUGUAUUCCGUGUUUUCCCUCAGAUGUCGAGGUCUUCAUAAUCCAGUCGACCACUAGAAGAAAGGAAGGAUAAGAGUAGACAGCCUUGUCUGACUCCGAUCCUUACUUACAAUGCAUCUGUCAGCUGUCCUCCAUGCACUACUUUGCACUGUAGUCCGUCGUAUAAGUUCCGGAUGAUGUUGACAAUCUUCUCAGGUACUCACUCCAUAGUGUCGAAGAAGUUUCCAUAAUGUUCUCCUAUCUACACUGUCAAACGCCUUUUCAUAAUCAAUGAAGUUGAUGUACAGUGACGAGUUCCACUCAACUGAUUGUUCGACGAUGAUACGCAGUGUCGCAAUUUGGUCUGUGCACGACCGAUCCUUACGGAAUCUAGCCUGUUGAUCUCGAAGUUGGACGUCUACUGCAUCUUUCAUCCGGUUCAGCAACACUGUUAAAGACUUCUCUUGGUACUGACAGUAAUGCGAUGCCUCUGUAGUUUUCACUUGUUCCUCCUCCCAAAUCUUCUUGAAUAUAAGGUGAAGCAUGUUUGUAGUUACUUCGAUGUCUGACUUCAGUGCUUCAGCUGGUAUAUUGUCAGGUCCUGCUGCUUUCCAGUUCUUGAUUUGUCUGAUGGCCAUCCCGAUUUCUCUGGUCGUUGGUAGAGUGACAUCUAUAGAAAGGUCUGUGUGUGCUGGUUCGAUGUCCAAGGGUUUCAGUGGAGCUGGUCUAUUCAAGAGUUCCUCUGUUCUUGAAUAUCAGUGGUUGGCCUGCGUUUUUUGUCUUUGACCGGUCUCUCUAUAUUACUAUAUUUGCCUGCUACUUUCUUCGUUGUAUCGUAAAGCUGUUUCAUAUUUCCUUCUGUUGCGGCUUUUUCCACCAUGUUGCUAGUUCUUCCACGUAUUUCUGCUUGUCGGCUUUAAUGCUCUUCUUCACUUGCUUGUUUACUUCUAUGUACUCACUUUGUGCUUGAAUAUUCUCUGCUCGUGUUCGGCUGUUGCUAAUUGCUGUCUUCUUGUUCUUCCUUUCCUUGAUCUUGUCCAGUGUUUCUAUAGAAUUCCAUUCUUUAUGAUGAUGCUUCAUGCGACCCAGAACAUCCUGACACGUUGAAGUUAAUGCUUCUUUGAUACCUUUCCAGUCGUCCUCCAUAAGUUUCUUCUUCCUUCAGUAAAUCCUUUAUUGAUCGAGACUUCAGAGGAAUUGGCUUUUAAUAUGAUGAAGUGUUAUGGUGUCGUAAGGAUUAGUAGCAUAAAAUAACUGUUAGAUGAAGUUAGUUUAUUUGUCAUUAACUCGAUUAAUUAGAACAUAAAUAUUAGGACUAUUUUUUAAGCAUAUUAUCUGCCACACGAAGUGAUGUGGGAUCCUUCUAUUGCAACACUAACAUAGCGGUGAUAUAAUCGACUUGUUUCGUGAAUUCUUCGGUUUUUUGUUUCUUUUUUCUCAUUAGUCGCAACUGGCUUACUGUCAUAUGAUAUAAAACGUCUUCACAUUUUCCUCUUAAAAGCGGACAUUGAUUGGUCGAUAAAGAUGAGGGCACCUGAUAUACUUUUGUACUAUAGCUGUAGACGUCACCGAUCUUCUUAUGAUUGCUUGAUUAGUGACUUGUGAAGGUUAGUCUAGCGUUGAUAUCGUGGACUCAACCAAACUCAAUGAGACCACUACUUGAGAUUCUGGACUUAAAGUCGAUGAAUUCUCACUAAAUUCUGUCUUCGCAAUUGGUAGUGCGUUGCAUAGCUCCUCUGGUGAAAAACACUGCUACUGCGUUUUAGUACCUUAAGUUCCUGAGACGUAGUGCAAUGUUUUCUGUUUGGUUACAUCCAUAAGCAGGAUGGCCGUCUGUCAGUGAGCAAGACGAAUCCGACCUCUACCACCAAACGGAAUGUCCGUAUUUUAGUUUUAGAAAUCACAAAUACAGUUGAGAAUCGGUAUAUUUGUUUUCUAGAAAGUUAUAAGGUGGAGUUAUCACGUUUACAUCCACCUUCUUGUCCGAAACCUUGAAGACUUUACGGGCUUUUUGUUCUUAAACUGCACUUGGACGUCGAUAGGUUACUAUGGCUAAUAUAUUGGUAAAAGCAGAUUCUUUUUUGAUCCUCACAAAUCGAUUUAUUCUUGUGUACUGAGAAGACCGCGGUCAAGACUGUUUCUAGCUCCUGGACGAUAUUCAAAAAUUAGUAAAUUUUAAUUAUAUCAAACUACUAUCCACAGAAUCGACUGUAGUUAACCUCAUUACUUACACUACCUCUUCUCUCUCUCCUGACUCUAGUUCGUUAUGUUUUUUCCCAAUCUUGAUAGGGGUCGAGGGACUAAGUUAAUUUCCUUUAAAUAUUGUUAUACUAUGGACAGUUGAACUGCCUCUCAUAACAUCCUGCCCGUCGCCCUAAUCAUCUGCUUUAAAAUUAAAUCAUGACACCAUCUUCUACUAGCUACUCACUUUUCAACCAGUAAGUUACAAGUUCAAACUAUCGUCGAAUUUGGUUUGGACGGCCGAAUAAUAGCCCCACACUAACAGUGUGAUUUGAACCGUACAUGGCGAAUGAAUUACAUUUGACACUUCUUAACGUUUUCUAAGUCUUACUAUAGACAUGUCGAUGCCUGUAUUUUUGAUGUGUAAACAUGUCUAACACUACCUGUCACCGAUUCUUUUUAUCACCUCUUCUGCUUUCGUUUCUAAUGACUGCAUAAAUUUUCGUCAAUUUAUGCUUGAGUCGACUUCGCUGCCAGUGAUGUACAGAUCAUAUCGACAUUCAUCUUAUAUUCAUCAUUUUAGUAGGUGCUUCUAAAAUCCGCUGGUCUUCCGUAAUCUGUUUUAAGUUAUUAAUAUAUAGUUGUCGUGUUCCCAGCUAUCUGAACGUUAUCGUUCUGAGCUGCUUCAGGAUGAAUAUAUGAAGACAAGGGUCAGAUUGUGAAUAAGACAAGCUUAUCUAGUGUUGGUUGUGCUUGAAUUUGUCAUUCCUCAGUUAACCACAUAGUAUUAGAAUCUUUCUUCUUGAAGAUCCGUAAAUGGAAGCUGAUUUGUCAUUAUAUAUGGAAAUUAUAUUUGAAAUAAUCUCAGCGAUUGAAAUUUAAAUAGGGAAGCUGAUUUGUUUUAAAGGUUCUACUGACCGAAGAGUAUGGACACAGUCCAUGGAACGAGUUCUCGAAGGUGAUUACGCAUAGCACUUUUAGUCUUAUCCUUUAGUGUGUUAUUAAUGUAUUCAACAUUUUUGCUUAACAGCAUGGAGUGGUUAGUUGAAAUGUAGGUUAGACACCUAAUAUUUAGGUACUUGUACUAGAUUUUUAUUCUCUUAUCUUGUUUUGUUCCAAUGUGACUGGUUUUUUUCUUUCCCUACUAGGUGUAUUCAGACUAUCGUCGCUCUCUGAUGCUUCUCGUGUGUUUUAGUUCUUGUACAGACUUCUAAGUUAAAUAAACUUCAAUGCACUUAGAUUCUUCCUUGUUUUAUUUCUAAUUAACUCUGGUUUAAACACUUACUACUUUUAUCUUCACUUUUGGACCAGUAACGGGACACUAUUUGAAGGUGUCAUUAGCCGAACAUCGAACUACAGUUCGAUUGAAAUAUUUUCCCUUUGCUGUUUAAAUAGUCACAGUUGUUGAAUUAAACACAAACUAAUCAAGUAUAUGACUUUCAUCAUUUGUAGAUAGUACCGAUAAAUUUCCCAACGAAUGUUUCUUCGUAAGUUAGGCAGGCUUUACGAGGAAAAGUAGUUCUACUUUAAAUGUACUAAACAAACGACAUUUUAAUUAUUCAGGACGUAGCGAAUUGUGAUCUUCGCAACCACUUGACCGAAGAGUAAAUGACUGUACACCACGCCCCACAGUACCAGUGUACAUACCCCCAUAUACAUAUGGUGUAGCUACUGAAUUUCAUAGGAAAAAGUAGCUGUGCGACUCUGGGUCAGAUUUCCUGUGAGUUUUAAAACAAUUCUGGGAAUAAACUAACUCGUUUAUCUGACGUCGGUUGUAUAUUUCGCUGGAAUUUUUCAUGUUUUCAUUGCUAGUUCCUUAUUUCCUGAGUUGGUGCUUUUGAAUACUGAUAUUGUUACAGUGGUCGUAUUUAGCAAUCAAAUUACUUUCCAGAUUACCAGAAAUUAAAUAAAUAUUCUUCAUAUGGAAAGUGUAGUUAGAAAUCUUAUCGUCAAACCCUUACUUUUCAAAGCUGUAACUUUACAUCGCAGUCUUGCCUUCGGGAGUUUGGUCACUUACACUUUAGGCGGUAACUGAACUACUGAAUCGGAUCUCGGUUGUCAUGUAACGGUCCCGGCAACUCGAGGCCAGUAAACUUCCAAGUACGUGUUAUGUCACUAGACGCUCCACUUUCGGAAACCUUAAUAUUGGUUUAAAACCGCACCCGGACACUAGCUUCCUGCUUCUUGGUCACUGUCGUUGGUCCGAAUUUCGACCUUGAGGAACGGAAGAGGUCUGUUGCUUAUUUGUGUCUUCUACUGACUGUAAGAACACGGAAUAUAUAUAACUAUGUGUUGCCCGUUGACUGGAUGUGUAGCUCAUAUGCUGUGACCUAGUUGACACCAAUGUCAUUGGGAUUAACAAUCAACCUAGCUUAUCCUAUUUCGAUAGCAUGUGAACAGUUCCUUUAGCUAUUGGCCCGAAUGAAUAAGAUAUUACCAAAUUAAUUUAUUACGGGAAAAGAUUAGAAACGUACACAGUGAAACCGCUUCCACAUGCCUCGACCUGUUCAGUGAUUCACCGUACAGUAUAGAAAUGGUUUACCACGAAGAAUAGUUGGGGAUCAGUGACAUUUUAUCGGCUCCAAAUAGCGACUAAAUAUAAGCUUCGAGUUCGCUGCAGUCGACUGGGUUGUUUUAUUUAAACACAUAAGCAUUGGCACAAGGAGGCACCAAAUAAAUGUGCUCCACAUAAGUCAUUCGAUUUGUGUGAGGGUUGGGAUACUACCUGGGUGUCCAAACCGAAGCAGGAAUUCGAUUGAAAUGACAUACUGGCAAUUCUGCCCAUAAGUUUCCAGCUUAUGAAGAAUUUAAAGAACUUGACAAAAACGCGAACAAGCUUAUCUGUAAUAGAUGUGCUAUGAUAACUCUCCCACAAAUAUAUAUAGAAAUGUCUGUGUUUGUAACAGAGGUAUUAAACCGGAUAGGAAGGCCAUGAUACAUAGAAAACACCGAGCUAUGCUAAAUUAAGGUAAAGCGGCUGUGUAAUAUAAUAUUUAUUUGUGUAUGUCUGAGUUCGCGUACAUCCGUAAGACCAGAUGAAACAAUGAUAAAAUAUCCAAAGGAUAUUGUGUUGUUUUUUAAAGAUUGCACAUCUAAGCAUAAUAAUACACAAAAUGUGUCGAAUUUCAUGAUAAAUAGCGUGAGCUUAACUAUGAACAGGUACAAAACGCAGCGGGAGAAAAAUGAUCUGUAUUCAAAGCUGUAAAACGAAUUGUCAAUUCAAAGUCGUAGCUAUAUAUAGUUGCGGCUCUUCGAUCAAAUCUCAUCGUUUCUUAAUUUCUGUCGUUGAUGAUUGGAACUCACGCUUCGGUGAUAUAACAGUUUCCGGAAAAAUUAUGUUCUUAAAAUGAAGAUCAACAUUACAAUACAUUAUCACUUCAAUUCAUCAUUCGCCAUACAACUGUACGAUCCCACAUUGAAACAGCAUCAUUGCCAUCUCACCCACUAUAUGGAAUCAUCCUUCUCUGUUGUUCCCAAUGCGACGACAGACAACGCUAGUGCGUCUCUGCGCUUUCAGGAACAAAAACAACUGCACAACUACACUCAACAAAAUAACCUCUCUCAAACACUAACAAACAACUAAAUCGACAGACACCACGGCAUUCACACACACAAUGAACUAAACGCUCUUACACAUAUCACGGAUAUAAACACGUCGCUAGAAACACAAACAAUCAUCAAUACCACAUUACAUUAUCACUUCAAUUCAUCAUUCGCCAUACAACUGUACGAUCCCACAUUGAAACAGCAUCAUUGCCAUCUCACCCACUAUAUGGAAUCAUCCUUCUCUGUUGUUCCCAAUGCGACGACAGACAACGCUAGUGCGUCUCUGCGCUUUCAGGAACAAGAACAACUGCACAACUACACUCAACAAAAUAACCUCUCUCAAACACUAACAAACAACACAAUCAGCAGACACCACGUCAUUCACACACACAGAAACACAAACACACACAAUAAACUAAACGCUCGUACACUUAUCACGCAAACAAACACAUCGCUAGAAAACACAAACAAUCAUCAAUACCACAUUACAUUAUCACUUCAAUUCAUCAUUCGCCAUACAACUGUACGAUCUCACAUUGAAACAGCAUCAUUGCCAUCUCACCCACUAUAUGGAAUCAUCCUUCUCUGUUGUUCCCAAUGCGACGACAGACAACGCUUGUGCGUCUCUGCGCUUUCAGGAACAAGAACAACUGCACAACUACACUCAACAAAAUAACCUCUCUCAAACACUAACAAACAACACAAUCAACAGACACCACGUCAUUCACACACACACACAAACACAAUAAAAUAAACGCUCGUACACUUAUCACGCAAACAAACACGUCGCUAGAAACACAAACAAUCAUCAAUACCACAUUACAUUAUCACUUCAAUUCAUCAUUCGCCAUACAACUGUACGAUCCCACAUUGAAACAGCAUCAUUGCCAUCUCACCCACUAUAUGGAAUCAUCCUUCUCUGUUGUUCCCAAUGCGACGACAGACAACGCUAGUGCGUCUCUGCGCUUUCAGGAACAAGAACAACUGCACAACUACACUCAACAAAAUAACCUCUCUCAAACACUAACAAACAACACAAUCAACAGACACCACGUCAUUCACACACACACACAGACACACAGACAAACACACACACAAUAAACUAAAUCCUCUUACACUUAUCACGGGAACAAUCAUGUCGCUAGAAACCCAAACAAUCAUCAAUACCACAUUACAUUAUCACUUCAAUUCAUCAUUCGCCAUACAACUGUACGAUCUCACAUUGAAACAGCAUCAUUGCCAUCUCACCCACUAUAUGGAAUCAUCCUUCUCUGUUGUUCCCAAUGCGACGACAGACAACGCUAGUGCGUCUCUGCGCUUUCAGGAACAAGAACAACUGCACAACUACACUCAACAAAAUAACCUCUCUCAAACACUAACAAACAACACAAUCAACAGACACCACGUCAUUCACACACACACAAACACAAACACAAUAAAAUAAACGCUCGUACACUUAUCACGCAAACAAACACGUCGCUAGAAACACAAACAAUCAUCAAUACCACAUUACAUUAUCACUUCAAUUCAUCAUUCGCCAUACAACUGUACGAUCUCACAUUGAAACAGCAUCAUUGCCAUCUCACCCACUAUAUGGAAUCAUCCUUCUCUGUUGUUCCCAAUGCGACGACAGACAACGCUAGUGCGUCUCUGCGCUUUCAGGAACAAGAACAACUGCACAACUACACUCAACAAAAUAACCUCUCUCAAACACUAACAAACAACACAAUCAACAGACACCACGUCAUUCACACACACACAAACACAAUAAACUAAACUCUCGUACACUUAUCACGCAAACAAACACGUCGCUAGAAACACAAACAAUCAUCAAUACCACAUUACAUUAUCACUUCAAUUCAUCAUUCGCCAUACAACUGUACGAUCUCACAUUGAAACAGCAUCAUUGCCAUCUCACCCACUAUAUGGAAUCAUCCUUCUCUGUUGUUCCCAAUGCGACGACAGACAACGCUAGUGCGUCUCUGCGCUUUCAGGAACAAAAACAACUGCACAACUACACUCAACAAAAUAACCUCUCUCAAACACUAACAAACAACACAAUCAACAGACACCACGUCAUUCACACACACACAUAGACAGACACACAGACAAACACACACACAAAAAAACUAAACCCUCUUACACUUAUCACGCAAACAAACACGUCGCUAGAAACACAAAUAAUCAUCAAUACCUCUGUUAAUUUUGUUUUACAUUGUUCCUACAUGUUCCUUUUCUACUCUUUUGUAUGUUGUUUUAUACUACUUAUUUACAUUCAGUAGGCAGCUGUAUGCCCAACAAUUUUCACACUUACGUUGUAACUCAAGUUGUUCUGUAACAUUCUGGAAUGUUCACAGAUAUCUUUAACGUUUAUUUUACUUAUCAUUGUAUUUAUCAUUAUAAUCACUGUAAUUUAAUUACUGUAACGGUUAUACACUGUUUUAUGCAUUUGUUUAAACGCAACAGUUUCCAUAUUGCUUUCUCUUGGUUCGAGUUUCGGUUGUUCAUAAACUGUUAUCAAAUUUAGACACAGCUAUCGGCUGUCUUUGGACUAUCGUAUGUUGUAAUCAUUCUUUAUGUUACUCUUACAGGAAGUCUUUGCUAUUUUCAUUCUUGAACGACGCGUUUAAACGCCUAGACACCUCACAAGUUGAGGUUUGUAACUAAAUUUUGUGUAUUAUUUAAUAAAGAACCGCUUUUGUAGACAAAUCGUUGUUUUGGAACUUCGAUUUUGCGCGUAUCUCAAUCGGGGUCACUUGGACGCUUCGAUAGAAUUAACAGUUCUCAACUUUGGUCUCAUUUGGUGUGGAUACGGUUCUGAACUCUGGUCCUAAUUGGAGGGAAUACUUGCUGUAACGAAUUUGGUCGGAAUCCUGUUUGGUUCAUUCAUCCCAACGAUGACUAGAACGAGAAGAAUGAAGUACAACGAUGACAGUUCCCAAGACACAGACAAUUCCAGUGCUGAAAAUAUUAUUCCUUCAGUUUCUAAGGUGAACUCACCUAUUCCUUUAAAUCUUGCCUUUGAUAUUGUUAAACCUAACCCUAAAGACAGUUGCUCGGUAGGAGACAACUAUAUAGAGACUAGAUACAGUGUAGAAGACGAAGUGGACUCUAGGGAAAGGGAAGUAGAAAAGAUUGAGCUGGAGAUUAGAGAACUCCAACUUCGCAAGCGAUUGCUAGAACUAACUCCGAACUCUUCAAACAAA